AUGGGAUGCACUUGUAAGGGAAGUAAGAAACCUAAGACCACUUUACCCUUGUAAGUAAUUAAAUUUUCCUCCCAAUAAGAAUGGAAAAGCUGUUAGAUGAACAUUAUGAAGUAAAGCAUAAUCAAUAUUGCAAUCUUUAGUCUAUUAAGAGUAGUUCCAAUGUUAAUCAAAACUUCUCUAUCAAUAUCAUCAAUGAAGGUAACUCAGGUCAAGGAAACCUAGUUAUUUUAAUUAAAGGUUCAAAUAUAGAGCAAAGUGAAUAAGCGAUGUGAUUCCCUAAUGUUAAGAUUUAUGUAUCACAAACUAUAUUAUGACUACUUUUGCUUCACUCUCACUUCAAAAACCAACCCUAUUUUACAAUAGAAUAUAAAAAUUAUAAUAAUGACAUGCAAACAAAACUCAUAAUGA